AUCAAGAGGAUUUGUGGGUCUCCCAAAAAUAUAAUUAACCAUUUGUAGCAUUUGUAGCUGCUUUGCAAGAGUGGCCGGAGAGGAGCUGACGAGCGCUGUUCACGAGAAGACAGAAGCAUGGCUCCGGCAAGGUAGAUGUAGAAAGGCCAUCGUGGGAAAAGCUGCGACCUUUGGAGGUCGACGGCGGUGUAGGGGUCUUGCAAUGGGGUGAACGUGCAUGACGAUUUGCCUGAAUGGAUGGAGUUACUGUUGCUUGUAGCGGGUGGGAAGAUGGAGACGACGUAGCCGGUGAGAAUGAUGAAUAUGAAGAAACCUACCAUACUCUGCUUCGGUUCCUAUUCGGGAGAGAGAGAACGAGAAGAGACGGCGUUGGAAGUGUGCCGUGCAGUUAAAAAAAAAAAAAAAAAAAAAAAAAAAAAAAAAAAAUUCUGCUGUGCAGGUAAAUAUUGAACUUUUAUUUGUUGUCUGGGUAAAAACCCCUAAUUUCUCUCCGGGAAGUCGAUCUCCGCACAGCUUCCGCCAAUGCUUUCCCAAUCCAAUCUGCCAAAAGAAGGGGCAAACUCUCUCUACCUCUCGCAGCUCGAGAAACUCGAAUCGCUUCCGCUUGCUUCUUGAAUUAACAGAAACAGAGAUUGUUGAGAUGGAUUCGCUCAUGAUCCAUUUAUCCGCAUCCUUACCGAGGGCAAUAAGUCGCGGCUGCUCUACUUCGCUUUCUCCGCGCCGGCCUGCACCCUCGAGCUUCCCCUGGUUUUCCUGCAUCCCAUUUCCCAGAGUGAUCGAUGUCGCAGGCUUACCGUCUGUUUCCUUUGAGAAAAGGCUGCCCCUGCUGCUGCAUAGAGUACCUAAGGCAGCCAUAGAAUCUGCUUAUUCCGGCGAGACCAAAUCCUAUCAAUCCAAAACAGCCCAUGUGAAGUUCAUUUUGCAGAGACAAUGUCAAUUUGGUGAGCAAUAUCUUCUAGUUGGAGACGACCCAUUGUUUGGUUCAUGGGAUCCAACAAAUGCAGUUCCUUUGGAUUGGUCUGAUGGCCAUGUCUGGACAGCUGAGCUGGAUCUACCUGUUGGGAAGAUUAUCCAGUUCAAAUUUAUUCUUAGAAGUUUAUUAGGGCUGGUCAUUUGGCAACCUGACCCUGACAGGAGGUUGGAGGUUUGGGAGACUGAAAGGACCAUCAUUAUUUGGGACAACUGGGAAGAUCCACAGAAGCUCACUAUAAUGGAAGAGGAGCUUACAAUGGUUCCAGUUGCAGAAUGGCUUUCCUCAGAAAGCAACGCUGACCCCGAUGAGAGAGUUGUAAAUAACUUGGAAAACGUGAAAGAAGGGAUUUCCUUUGAAAACAAAUCUGAAAGCCAUGAAAAAGUUUCAAAUGACCUGAACAAGUUAGAAGAAGGAAUCUCCACCAAAAGCAGUAGUGGAAUCCAUGAAAAAUCUGCAGAAGCUCUUUCCUCAGAAAGCAACACUGACCCCAAUGAGAGAGUUGUAGAUAACUUGGAAAAGGUGGAAGAAGGGAUUUCCUUCGAAAACAAAUCUGGAAGCCAUGAAAAAGCUUCAAAUGACCUGAACAAGGUAGAAGAAGGAAUCUCCACCAAAAGCAGUAGUGGAAUCCAUGAAAAAGCUGCAAAUGGCUUGAACCAGAUGGAUAUGUUGGAGGAGAAUCAAAGCAUGAAUCAUGAAGAGAUGUCAAAGAGUCUUGAAGGUUCUGUGCUGGUUCCGGGUUUGGCUUAUAACCAUCUAUCGGAGCCGGAGAAAAGUGUCGAAUGCAACCUGUUGCAGCAUGGAGAACUGGAGUUGCCAACAGAAAACCUGCUGGAGAAAGAAAAUGCGAGUUCCUUGGAGAUACAAAAUGGUGAUGGUGGUGUUGACGAUAAUAAUGACAAUGACGACGAUGAUGAUGAUAAUGGGAUGGCAAAAUCUGAUGAUGUUUUGGCUGAAGAAAAUUCUCAAGAAAAAUUUUCAAAAUAUUUAUCAACAAAGAGCAUUUUGCAGUGGAUGCAGAAGUUUUUUUCAGGUCUGGGUUUUGGCACCAGAUCACCUCUUAGUUCUGCAGCAUGUACAUGUAGGCUACAGAGCUCUAGAAAUGUAACUUGGACAUCAUGAUUUUUUAUAAUUAUGCAGAAGAUAUAUUUUAUUAUUAUGUAUAAAUUGGAGUCAAGCGUGAUGAAAGUGUUCGCUGGACGAUGGAGCUGACAUUGGCAGAUCAGUUGCUAUAAUUUAGACAGGCAAGUUAUUAUG